AUGGACACGCCGUCCAAGCCGCCCAGACAGCCCAGACAGCCCAAGGUUAAGUCCCAGGCAACCCAGGUCCCUAUCAACGGCGUCAACGGCACCAACAAUCGGUCCAGCUGCAGCAACCGCACCAACGGCGUCUCCCACACGACAAAGGCGAACGGCAGCACCAAAAGCAGUGCCAACGGGCACACCAAGGGCAGAGCAGUGAGCGUGAACACCAAAAGCCACGACAAGAUCAGCGACGCGUCCAACCGCCGCCAUAGUAGCGGGUCCAUGAAGAAGAACCACAUGAACAUCAACGCCCACGGCAUCAUCCAGAACACCUACCUCAACACCACGGCCAACCCUGCAACCCAGAGCGCCUCCGCUCCCGAGCGUCACUCCAUGGGCAGCCGCCCCAGGUACAACCCCAACCCCAAUCCAAUCCUGGCGUUCGACAACAUCGUCAGCACCCGCGCGGACCAGCCGCCAGGCGCCACCCACACACAUCCGCCGCUCCCCAUGGGCCCCACGGCCCACACCCAGCCCCUUACCCCAUCCGCGCCCACAAGCCAUACCCAGUCGACGCCACCCCGCGCGCCCACCCACGGGCCUCAGUCGACACCUCCCAUGGCCGCUACUCGCAGCCGUAUCCUCAGCCCUCACCGCGACGGCACCGUGCCCACUUACCCCAUCCCCUCCCUUACUGCCGUCGACGGCCUCCUCCACCCUCGAGGCACCCUCACCACCCGCCCCCCUCCCACCGACAAGCGGCCUUCCACGCUGCCCAACCGCCCACCUAGCCUGCCAUACUGUGAUACUACCUAG